CAAGCGGCUAACAUUAUUUCACGACUUGCAAAAUUUACAAUAUUUCAAUUGCAGUUAUUUCAAACAGACAAUAACCUAUCCCCUUUUUGGAACACCCUUCCUUUGCAUUAUGCUGAAUGAGUAUUGUACACGCAUGCAGUAGCUGUCCAUGAUUACUAAACCGUCCUGAUAUUUUCUUUUUAGCUGCUGCUGUCUAGUGCCAGUACUAUACGUUUUGGCUUCCGUAAUAGCUUCUUUCGCCUUAAUCAGAAAAGCCUGUAGUCCACAACCGUGACCACACUGUUCCUUUGGUAAUUACGCCACGAUGUUGGCACCCGAUGCCCCAUUGAUAUCGAAUCUAAUAUCUACACCGCUUUUCCGCUAUCGCAAAGAGUCCCAAUCCUUUCUGGUGGACGUCAUCGGUGACUUUGGCAGCCUGACGAGGGGCCUGGUGUGCGAUGUAACCGAUAGAGGCCUCUACGUGAAACUGAAUUUGUGGGACACCACGACCACACUGGUAACCUUCGACCGAUUGAUGGUGCAACCAACUGGCUUCUGGAAGAAUUUAGCGGGGUUUAUAUGGGCCACAGUGACACAACAGCCCACCGAAGCCCUAAUCAGCCAGGGUGAGGGACAACCGGCGGUGUGGCGGAAAGCACGACUGCUGCACGAGCACUGCUUCCGUAGUACCACUACGCUGCCCGACUGGUGGCUCCUGCACGUACAAGUGGGUGCCGGUGAACGCGGUGAACAAUACGUCAUCAGCGAAGAAACGGCUAGCGGUGUGCAUCUCCGCUUCCGCUUUUCGCGUUCACCACAGGCCAACGUCACGCCGCGCACAUUUCGCUCAACGGCACUCCAGUUACCUACCCGGGUGGCCAGUCUAAUGCACCGUGGCAUCAUCUGCCGAGCGUUUCAUUUAUCGUGGUUACGCGAUACUGGCACCAUAGUGACGAAAUUAGAGGACUGCCGACUCCAUUUGCUGAGCCGGGGACGGUUUAGUAACGCCGCGCAAAAACGAGUAGACGAUCUAUUACACGGUGACAAUGUUCGGGAAUGGUACUGGGUGCAGCCAUGUACUGAGUGCUCGGCGAUGCCUUCCCCCAGCCGAACGCGACUGUCCACAGAACAGUGUGCCGGGACACAGGGUGACUCGGACCGCAGCUGGCUGGAGUUUGCGGACCUUUCAUUUGAAACUCAAACUGAAGCUUUUUCUUAUCUGGACAUUUAUGAUCGUAACGCUUUCCAAAGAGUGUCCAGCAGCUGGCGGACAGUACUGCAGUCCACCGAUCGCCAGUACGACGCCAUAAUCAUUCCCGACCGCGACCUUUGCGAAUCAGCACACGAUUUGGCGCAUCGAAUCCAGAUGACUGUAACGAGCAGCACCAGAACCGUGUAUCUGACCGGACCAUACUGGCACGAUUUCCUGGCCCCGGUCGCCGUUCUGUUCUCUUACCUGCACCUUCGAUUAGACUGGCUGGUCGUUGCAGAUGCUGAUAUCCGUGGCACACGCGAACUUCUAAACUGGGAAACCGGACAAAUUACGAGCACAAUAUCGCAAAUAUGCCGGAAUUUUGCGCUGAAACGGUAUUCAUUCGAACGUUCGACCAAUGAAUUUUUCUAUGGCAGUCGUAUCGACUGCGACUAUCGGAUAAGCAGUCAAAUUGCCUGGUUUUCCUACUCGUUCGCCCGUGAACCGCCGCGUAACUGCGACCUGCAGUUAGCGUUGUUCAACCACAUCGACAAGCUUAUCCAACCAAUCGACGCAGCUGAGUUUAUUGCCAUACGCUCGUGUAUCAGUAAGGUGAACGGCAUUCUUAACAAGUCUUCAGCCUCCUUCAUCAUACCGUUUCGUUUACGGAAAAACAAUGAUUACUGGACAACUUUGCUGGCUUGUUUUACAAAGUGGAGGAUGCAGCCACCGAAAUCUAUCAACGACUUGAAACAUUUUCGCUUUGGUGAUCAAAUGAAAAGCCGCCGAAAUUUGGUGCUGCGUGCACUGGCUUUUUGGGCAGCAGCUGUGGAAACUCACUUACAACGCAUAAAAUCCACUAAAUAACAUUACUGUCGUAGCAUGUCUUAUACAAUCUAUGUGGCGCUUUCGGGUCUUGCGCUGUUGUUCUGCGCCGUCUGUUUGUCUCGUUCUUGCACGGUUUAUGUACAAUGUGAAACUGGUAAUUAUCAAG